GGCGCGGGGCGAACCUAGCGGAGCUACGCGGGGAGCUGCUGCGCGCAGCGGGCGGGCGGGCAGAGAGGGUCGCUCGUAAACGGAAUGUUACCGUCACCGUGGGUUACGGCCGAUCAGCGUUUGCGGUGGACAUCGUAGGCACCACGGGUUGUAAAGUUGUUAGGGAAAUUAACUUUUGGUCCCCGGGAGGGAGGCUGCCACGAUUGCACGACUGGAAAUGUAGAGCUGUGGAGAAACAAUGCGUUGUAGUGCAGUGGAUCACAGAUGGAAUAAAGUCGAGAUUAAGGGUCCUUCGAUCUGUAUGAUGGGCUGAUGUGUGUCAGGACUAUUCGUGUCAGCUCCACGAAUAGCUGUUUUUGAUAUGUCUGAUAUGGCUGUAAUUAGGAAGAGGUUAGUUUGAACGCAUAUAUGAGGAUUGUCUCCACGGACAAAUCUUAUUAUAGCCCUAUGCUGCUAUCCUCGAAAGCGUUAUAGCAAGCAGUGUGAACUAGUGUUACAUGGGGUUAUGUGCAAAGAGAGUUAGGAAAUGCAAAAAGUUGAAGUGGAAACGUAAUGCAGAGGAUGGGAUGUCGUAAGUGGGCUUAUUAGCAGGAGGAGAUGGUGACUUUUCAGCAGUCGUCUGUCAGGAAGUAAUCUCUACUUAGCUAGUUUGCCAGUGAGACUGAACAUCCAGUGUAAAUGUAUUAUGUUCUUGCAGACUUUUCCCGGAGGUUUAUUUUCUCCACACCUUCCUCAGAUGAAUCAAGAAAGUCCAAGUCAAUCUGAAGAACAGAAGACGGGGGAAUUGAUGAUUGUUUUCAGAGAUAAUGGCUAGAGAAGCAGUGAAUAUUAGGAUGUUGUUCUUUGGAGCCACUUUCCAGCUGUUUUGUCUGCUUGUAUAAAAUGAGGGCUCUUUAUUUUUUUUUCCUAGACCUUGCCUACUCAUUCAGGGUUUUAACUCUUGUUAUGUUUUGCUGAUUCUUAUCCAAUUCAGCUGAAUGAACUAGUGGUAGGAGACACCAAUGGGAAACUUUAUGUGUACAAAAAUGAUGAUAGCAAACCCUGGACUGUACGAUCCUGCCAAGGAAUGCUUACGUGUGUUGGUGUGGGAGAUGUAUGCAAUAAAGGAAAGAAUCUUGCAGUGGCAGUAAGUGCAGAAGGUUGGUUUCAUCUCUUUGAUCUGACUUCCCCUUCAAAGCACCCGGAUGCUUCAGGCCACCAUGAGUUAGCGGAAGAGCAGAAGCCAGUGUUCAAGCAACAUAUUCCUGCCAACACCAAGGUCAUGCUGAUCAGUGACAUAGAUGGAGAUGGGAAGUGUGAGCUGGUAGUAGGUUACACUGACAGAGUGGUGCGUGCCUUCCGCUGGGAGGACUUGUCGGAGAAUUCAGACCAUGUCUGUGGGCAGCUGAUCCUACUGAAGAAAUGGCUGCUGGAAGGUCAGGUGGAUAGCCUUUCUGUGAACCCAGGCCCUGAUGGCUUACCAGAGAUGAUGGUGUCCCAGCCAGGCUGCGGUUAUGCCAUUCUGCUGUGCACCUGGGACUCUGAGCAGCAACCCAUGACAGAAGGAAGAGACAGCUCUGCCCCAAGCAGAGAGGCCCCUGUUCGAGAUGUUAUUCUCCACCAAACAUCUGGCCGGAUUCACAACAAGAAUGUUUCCACUCAUCUGAUUGGUAGCAUUGGCCGAGGCUGCUCCAGUGUGGGUAAUGGCUCGGGUCUCUUUGCCCUAUGUACUCUUGAUGGGACGUUGAAACUCAUGGAAGGGGCAGACAAGCUGCUCUGGUCUGUGCAGGUUGAUCACCAGCUAUUUGCGCUGGAAAAGCUGGAUGUUACUGGCAAUGGGCACGAGGAGGUAGUUGCCUGUGCAUGGGAUGGCCAGACAUACAUCAUCGACCACAAUCGCACAGUUGCCAGAUUCCAAGCAGAUGAGAAUGUCAGUGCAUUCUGUGCAGGCUUAUAUGCAUGCAAACAAGGAAGCAAUAGCCCCUGCCUAGUUUAUGUCAGCUUCAAUCAGAAGAUCUACAUCUACUGGGAUGUGCAGCUGGAGAGAAUGGAGUCCACCAACCUGUUAAAAAUCCUGGAGGGUGACCCAGAGUUUGACAGUCUCCUGCAGGAGCUGGGUGUAGAAAAAGGUGAUGUUUCUGCAAUCCAAGAUCUGAUUUACAAAACACUGUAUUUUCCUGAGAAACUACAGCCUCGCAGCCCCUUGCAGUGUCAGAAUCCUGCUGGAACAGACUCUUCUGCCCACCACACUGUCGUCCAGAAUCCCUUACAAGACUCAUAAAAGUUAGCAUCUUCCAUCCCAUCGGAAACUCUCUUCUGACUGGAAUCCAACAUUCACCCUGCAUGAUAAUAUUCUUUUCCCCUCUCUGUCAAGGCCUUCCUUCAUGCCAGAUUCACCACGGAAGUGCUUGGCUGUAGGCUUAAGUGAAGGAUGUGAGUUGAUUUGCUUUUAGCUGAGAAAGCUACCAGGACAGCAAGAGUCCAGGGUUUUGCUCACUGGCCUUACAUUGUCAGUUUCUCUGCCAGUAAAAGCACGUUAUGAGUGACUAUGAAAGAGUACUGAGGACAUAAAUGUGGGAGAGAAUAGCCAAGCUUAGUCUCAGUUUAGGCCUGUUUUUACCACUGCUCUGGUGGUUGUUUCUGAGUUCCUAGGAGGAGCUGCCGGUGCCUUUCCAUGUGCUGCUGUUCUUUUUUUCCCCAUCUCAGCUUGUCUCUUUGAUCUCAGCUUAAUUCAGAUGGGAGCAACAGGCUCACUUGCUCACUUGUGUUACAUCUAUAUCUUCUCUCAUUUGUAUAAUGUUUUACUGGAUAUGCAUAAUAGAUGGAGCAGUCCGUUCACCAUUAUGGCAGCCUGAGAGGGUUGGAUGGAUAUGAGAGCAAAUAUUAAUUUAGUGAUUUUGUGUUAGCAAAUGAUAACAUUUAAAGA